AUGCAACAGGCAGCGCCUACUGUGCUCAGCAACCAGGACUUCCUUGCGCGCGUCGAGGCAGCCAAAGCCGACAUCCGCCAAUUGACCCAAUACAUUUCCGAGAUUGCUUCUGCCCAUCAGCGCACUCUCAACAGCCCCGAUGCUUCUACCAACCAGGCCCUCGAGUCCAUUGUUACCCAGACCCAGGUACUCAACACUUCCAUCAAGGACCAGAUCAAGUUCCUCGAGACCGACGCUGCCAGAAGUGGACGUAACAACAACAUCAAGAACAGCCAGGUCGGCCAGCUGAAGACGAGCUUCAAGAAGCAGCUUGAGGAGUACCGCAACGAGGAGGCCAGCUACGAGCGCCGCUACCGUGAGCAAAUCGCCCGUCAAUACCGCAUCGUCAACCCCGAGGCUACCGAUGCCGAGGUCCAGGAGGCUUCCAACGCUGACUGGGGCAACGAGGGUGUCUUCCAGACUGCUCUCAAGACCAACCGUUCCGCGACUGCCAGCACCGUCCUCGGUGCUGUGCGUGCUCGUCACAACGACAUUCAGCAGAUUGAGCGUACUUUGAUCGAGUUGAACAAGCUCUUCGAGGAUCUCGCCGAGGCCGUUGUCAUCCAGGAACCCAUGAUCCAGCAAGCCGAGCAGCACACCGAGAACGUUAAGAAGGACACGGAGGCUGGCAACGUUCAGCUCGACAAGGGUAUCACACAUGCCCGCCGUGCUCGCCGCCUGAAAUGGUGGUGCCUGCUCAUUGUCCUCAUCAUUAUCAUCAUCGUUGGUCUGGCUGUUGGUCUUACCAUUGGCCUGAGGAACAAGAACAACAACGGUGCUUAG